AUGGCCACAGAGCAAGCAAGGGGGCAGCAUGGACCAGACCCGGCCACUGGCCCGCAGGAGCCCCCUGCAGGGGCUGCGGCUCCCAGGAGUGGUGCCGAGGGGGCCCCCUUGACCAAGAGGAGGAGCAGGAGGGAGAGGGGGCUCAGAGGGUCCCGGAAGGGCACUGGCAGCUCUGGGGAGCAGACCCCUGUCCAGGGCCCCAAGGCCGGGGACAGCAGCAAGAACCCCUCCAGGAUGGGAGAGGGGCAGGCAGGGGCCCCCGCUGAAGCCCCUGGGCCAGCCUCUCGUCGCCAGUCCCACCGGCAUCGACCUGACCCCCAGCGCGAUGCUGCUCACAGGACAUAUGGGCCCUUGCUUGACCGAAUCUUCGGGAAGGACCGUGAGCUGGGCCCCGAGGAGCUGGAUGAGCUUCAGGCUGCCUUCGAGGAGUUCGACGCUGACCGUGACGGCUACAUUGGCUACCGGGACCUGGGCGACUGCAUGCGGACCCUGGGCUACAUGCCCACUGAGAUGGAGCUGCUGGAGGUCUCCCAGCACGUCAAGAUGCGCAUGGGUGGCCGUGUGGACUUCGAGGAGUUCGUGGAACUGAUAAGCCCGAAGCUGAGGGAGGAGACGGCGCACAUGCUGGGGGUGCGAGAGCUGCGCAUCGCCUUCCGAGAGUUUGACAGGGACAGGGAUGGACGAAUCACAGUGGCAGAGCUGCGGCAGGCAGCACCGGCUCUGCUGGGGGAGCCGUUGGCUGGUCCUGAGCUGGAUGAGAUGCUCCGAGAAGUGGACCUCAAUGGGGAUGGCACUGUAGACUUUGAUGAGUUUGUGAUGAUGCUGUCGACCCACUAA